AUGUCGAAGGUUCAGCAAACUAGACAACUGAUAGAUGAGGUACAGCCCCAGGAGCGAUGCAAAAUUGAGCAAGUCAGACCCGAGUUCUUUCAUGAUUUGACCAAUAAAUUAAACACACUUUGGGAUGGGCUACGCUCAAUCGAGGAAGGUAUUCUGACCUACAGGGAGAGCUACAAGGAGAAUGAUGAAGUUGAAGUCGUUUCUCAUCGCAAGGCACUCAAGAAAGCGCUCAAAGACUGCCUAAGAGAUGCCAACUCAGCGUAUAUGGAUCUUCUACAAACUACCAACGCUGCCAAAGACGUUGACAGGGAAGCUGACAGUCGACCCUGGAAACCCACCAACUUCGCCCUCUAUUAUCCAGCAGCCGGCGGAGAACCUGUGAAAUCCCUUUGGAUGCGGCCUCCUUUGCAUACCGAAAAUCCCGAAGAGGACGAGGAACAUGAGCAAUCAAGCACGCCGGGGCAGUGGGUGUAG